AUGACUGUCAAGGACCUCAUAUCUCUCCUAUCAAAGAGGCAUCCGCCGCUGGAACCUGUUUUGAAAUCUGCCAUGAUUGCAGUCAACUUGGAAUAUGUCGAAUUGGACGAUAUGGUCAAGGCAGGAGAUGAAGUAGCUGUCAUUCCCCCUGUUAGUGGAGGCGUUGAAUAUCCAAAUCUGAGGCCUCCACUGCUCAAGUUCAAUCUCAAAAUUCGAGAUAUCCAUCCAAAGAUCCAAGUUACGCAGUCAGACCAAAGGCAUCGAGGAGACUACGAGACAACUGAAAAUCAGUUUUACAAUGCCAGCGAGAAGGCGAUUCUCAAUGGAUCCAAAGCAAUUCGAGGUGGUAUACCUCUCGUCUUUCCAGUAUUCGGAACAGUUCCAGGAAAUCCACUACCUCAGCACGGAUUCGCGAGGACUUCGAAAUGGAGUUGGAGUGGUGUACAGUCUGAUACUGCAGAUUCUAUAUCUGCACUCUUUGAGCUGAAGCCGGAACACGUACCUGCCGACUUGUAUGCGAAAUGGCCACACCCAUUCGCAUUGGCAUACCAUGUUACUCUGAGUGCGAAACAAUUGGUGACCAAACUGGUUAUUCGUAAUACUGGUUCUGCACCAUUUGAUUUCACAACGUUAUUGCAUACGUACUUCAAAGUCAAGGACAUUUCUACAGUUGGCGUCACGGGAUUACAACAAUUACACUACGUCGACAAGGUUCUGUCAAGUGCACGAGCAGUGGAAACCAGAUCACACGUUGCAGUAUCUGGAGAAGUUGAUAGAGUAUAUGAGGGCGUGAAAAACGAUGAAAUCACAAUUGAAGGAGUUGGAUUCGGUGACGUGAAAAUUGUGAAGUACAAUUUUCCUGAUGUUGUUGUGUGGAAUCCAUGGUCUGAAAAGGCAAACGCCAUGGCUGAUUUCGGGGACGAGGAAUAUCACAAUAUGAUUUGUGUAGAAGUGGGAUCUGUAUCAACCCCAGUGAGCUUGGCUGCAGCUGGCACAUGGGAAGGAAGUCAAAUUUUGUCUGCCUUGUAG